CAUGGCUUCGUCCGGCUCCUCCAGCACCUCAAGCGGGCCCGUCGCCACAGGAUCUCGAAGGAGGCGGCUCGUUCUGAGGCUGAGCCAGAAGGACGCCCUGCAAGCGCUCUUUCAACGGAACCCCUACCCUGGGAUAGCGACCAGAGAACGGCUGGCCCGGGAGCUUGGCAUUGCCGAAAGCAGAGUUCAGGUCUGGUUCCAAAACCAACGCAGAAGACGGUCAAAGCAGAGCCGAUCGCCGCCGUCUGAAUAUGUGCACCGAGAAGGGAAGCGGGGCCAACGAGACUCGGCCCGAGAGGCCCGGAGAAAGAGGACCGUCAUCUCUCCUUCCCAAACAAGCAUCCUUGUGCAAGCCUUCACGAGGGAUCGCUUCCCGGGGAUUGCCGCCAGGGAAGAACUGGCUCGUCAGACGGGAAUCCCAGAACCUCGAAUCCAGGUAUGGUUUCAAAACCGAAGAGCUCGGCACCCCAGCAGAGCCCGAGCGGGCCCGGCGGCGCAGCAGCCACGACUCCUCCUGCUCCAGAGGACCGAAGGGCCCACCCGCUGUCCAGAGCACCUCUCCUCCCCUUCGCCCCUCCCCGCCACAGGAGAGCAUGCCACCCUCGGCGGGGCGGCGGCCGCAGCUGCUCCGUUCGGGGCCCCCGCCUUCUGGGUGCCCGGGACUGCCUCUGGGGUCUGUGUGGGCCAGCCGUUGAUGAUCUUCAUGGUCCAGCCCAGCCCGGUGGCUCUCCAGCCAAGUGGGAAGCCACCACCUCCUGCCCAGGUAGCAGUUCCCUGGGCCGCGCGCUCCCCUGCCGUCACGGCCCCCGGGCAGCCUGGGCAAGGGGCCAUCCUGCCGCCUGGACAGCCGGAGGCACACAUCCCGCGCUGGCCGGGGUCACCCUACGGGGAAGGCGCGGCCCCUCCGCUAGAGCCACAGCCCCAGCCCCGCAGCCUCCCAAGCUCGACGAGCCUCCUCGACGAGCUCUGGCGGCCCGCGGGCGUCCCCGCCUCGCCGGGGCCUUCCCCGGGGGCCGCUGCCGACCACGGGGUGGACCCGGCCCUGCCAGGCGCACCCAGCCUCCUCGACGAGCUCUUGGCGGCCGCGGGCGCCCCCGCCUCGCCGGGAGCGCAACAGGCAGCUCUCGCUGGCACACCCAGCCUCUUAGAGGAAAUCUUGGCUGCCACCGGCAUCCGCGCCACGCCGGGGCCUUCCCGGGCCCUGCCGGUGAACGGGCACGCCUCGCCCUCCCAGGCUCACCCAGCCUCCAAGACGCGCGCUCCUGGCUGCCCCGGGCAUCCCGGGCUCGGGUCCUUUCCCGGGGUCCUCUCCUGUCGUCGCGGGGGCCCACCCAGCCUUCCCCGGGUCACCCAGCCUCCUAGAGGAAAUCCUGGCUGCCACGGCCACCCGGGACACGCCCUGGUCUCCUGCGGGGGCCCCUGCGGGGGACGAGGGGGUUGA